CAUACGUGUGAAUGUAAAUUACAUGUAAUGUAUUUUUCGCAGUAUUUUUCGUUUUUAAUAUUGUAACUAGCGUCGAUGGUAUUUCAAUUGGUAAAUUAACCAAUGUUUUUGUUAUAAUUUAUCUAGUUCGCUCAUAAAUACUGUCAUCCUCUUAAACGCGAGUUCGAAAAAUUUUGCCAUCUAUUUCGCAGAAUUUCGAACUUCAAGCUGGAAUUAAAACGAGAAAAUUUUCUUAUAGUCUGGUGAUAAUUCGAUGAAACGCUUUCUCGAUCUUUCAGAUUGGCUAUUCUACUCGCUUGAUCGGGGAAUUACUUCCGGUCAUUUCCGUUAAAUGGCGACGACGAUGGGUAGUUCGCAUCGAAGUGUGUUGUUGUAACAUCUCGUUCGCGAUUUUAAGAAACCGUUCAACUGUUCUCCUCGUCCGUUAAAAUUCUGUUGCCUCGUUGGGUUUCAUGCAUGACGAUUUGCUUGUAAGACUGUACGUUCCUGAACGAUAAAGUCGAAAGCGUUGAGCGUGCCUUGUGCCGAAUACUUUUGUAUGAGAAUAAUGGCCGAUGUGGAAGGGAAAAAGCUUACAGAACUGCGAGUUAUAGAUUUGAAAACGGAACUCGAGCGUCGUGGGCUAGACAAAACUGGCAAUAAAGCAGCACUCCUCGAGCGUCUGUCCAAAUAACAGGUACAACAAAUCAAGAUGAAUCUACUGACACAGUAGAAAAUCAAAAGGAAGAAAGUAUGGAAAUAUCAAAUAUUAGUGAAGCAAGAAUAAAAGCAGAGCCGAAGUCUGACGUGGAAGAGGACAUAUUGUCCAGGACAGAAGAAUCCCAAAAUGAAAUUCAAAAUAAUGCUAAUAAAGAAAUGGAAUACAAGCAGGAACUUAAGAAUCAUUCGAAUAAAAAUACAUCUGAAAACAUGCAGGCUGCUGAUAAAAAAGUAGAAUCUGACAUAGCUACCGUAGCUAAUCAAACGACGGCUAAUUCAGUUUCGACUGUUGAGGCUAAUGGUAUCGACAACGAAGAUUCCAUCAAUCUAACUAUCGGCGAAGAUGAAGAAAAUCUCCUUGCUGAGGAGUAUUUGGCAUCAAGACCAAGGGACAUACUUAUCUACGUGUAAACCCUCAUCUAUCCAGAAUUACGAGUGCGGAUUUGUCAACAAAAUUACACUUCAUGCUUCAUUUUACGUCUGAUCUUCGAGCUCCAUAUUUGCAAGCAAGCACACAUGCAGGAAUGGAUGCGCACCCCUUUUUGUCAUGUGGACAUGCAGUAACGUACCUGCAAUGUAUCAUGGCAUAA